CCCAGAACUUGUGAUGUGUGAGAUUUCUGAUCUGAAUGACCAGCAGCAACAAGAACACAGGCUUGAUCCAAAUGACACAUGGUUUGAAACUUUCAAGUCGAUCGCCUGGCACGGUGGCUCCGCUUUUGAUGCAUGGUUGAAUGCCACCUCCGCCCAGAUCGCCCAAGUUCUUCUCACAUUUCCCUAUUCGUUCGCUCAACUCGGGCUAGCAUCUGGAAUUGUGUUCCAGGUGCUCUAUGGAUUCAUGGGCUGCUGGACAUGUUACAUGAUCACGUCUCUCUACGCAGACUACAGGGCGGCCAAAGAGAAAGAAAACCCGAAAGCUUUCGAGAAUCACACUAUCCAGUGGUAUGAAGUUCUUGGAGGAUUGCUGGGACCCUAUUGGAGAGCUGCAGGGAUCUUCUUCAACACCGUGCUUCUAUUUUGCACAGCCACCAUCCAAGUGAUCGCUUGCGGGAGCACCGUGUACUACAUCAAAGAUUCUCUCCCCAAGCGGACAUGGACAAUAAUCUUUGGAGCUUGCUGCCUCGUUACCGUGCUCAUCCCCAGCGCUCACAACUACAGAGUUUUAUCCUUCUCGGGGAUCCUCAUGACCACCUACACGGCGUGGUAUCUCACCAUAACCGCUGUAAUUCACGGCAAGGAUCCGGAUGUCACUCACUCUGGAGCAAAGAACGUCGUGCAGUACUUCACUGGCGCCACGAAUAUCCUUUACGCCUUUGGUAGUACUGUGACAGUGGAGAUCAUGCAUGCAAUGUGGAAGCCACGCAAGUUCAAGCUCGUCUACCUGUACGCCAUCGUCUACAUUUUCACGCUCACGCUCCCGUCCGCCAUCGCUGUCUACUGGCGAUUUGGCGACAAGAUGCUCGACAACGCCAAUGCGUUUGCGGUGUUUCCAAAAACUAAGUUCCGCGACGCUGCCGUCAUCCUCAUGCUCAUGCACCAGUUUAUACAGUUUGGGCUCAUUAGCCUUCCAAUCUUUAUCAUCUGGGAAAAGUUUGUGGGUGUCCAUCACUCCAAAUACUACGUUCUUCGAGCCAUUGCGAGGAUUCCUGUUGUUCUCGCGACAUGGUUCAUCGCGAUCAUGAUCCCGUUUUUCGGGCCAAUCAACUCCGCCGUUGGAUCUUUGCUCGUAACCUUCAGCGUAUAUCUCAUACCUUGCUCGGCUCAUAUGGUUGCCAACUUCAAAUCCACGGCCAGAAAGGCCGCCAUAGAACAGCCCCCGACGUGGAUCCUGAGAAGUUGGACCUUGGUGUAUCUUCUCAAUUCUUUCAUAACUGUGUGGGUUUUAAUUGUGGGAUUUGGGUUUGGAGUGUAUGCAAGUGUGAGGAAUCUGGUGGAUCAGAUUGACUCGUUUGGAUUGUUUGCCAGAUGCUACCAGUGCACCCGAAAAUACUAAUAAGGAUCUGUCCAACGGCAAUUAAAACUGCUAAUGUGAAUCCAAAUAUAUUUGGAAGCUCUUGACUUUGUU